UUGUCUGAGAGUUGUAAAAAAAUGUUUUGAUGCACUUUUGUUUUUGUGAAAGUGGUCCCCAAUCAAUCAAAAAAAUGUUCACUCUUUUCUGUGGAGGUGUGCAGGAAAGACAAAGUUUUCCUCACUAAUUUAAAGUAAAACUGUGGGACUAAUUGAUUUACAAAUGGUCAUUUUGUCGGUGAAGUAUUCCUUUAACAUCUUCACAAUUUUCUCCUGACCCACUGCACUCAAUUAAAAUAAAAGUAUCCGGCUCAAGAAUCCCAUGCUUAUCUGUGUAUGUGUCUUCAAUGCAGAUCUGGAUCUUAAUCCAGUAUAAAAAUGUUAUCAUUUUCUGUUAUUUAAAUGAUCACUUUAGAGGACUUUGUGCUGCAUCGUUGGAGUGCUUUCCAUUUUCUUGUUUUUAUUUUAAUGAAAUCUGCCCUUUCUGUCUGAUAAAUUGAUUGUCUUCACGUUGAUGGAUGGGAACUUGUCGGAAGAACAUUUCAAUCACUGCUGUAAUCACUGCCUUUUUGUGUCAAAACUUAAAUCAUAUAUCCUCUGAAAUUGAGUGAACAUUAAAAUUUAUGUCAGUAAGAAAGAAAUCAAUAAAUCAGUUGAGCCAUGAACUGAAUAUUCUUAAAUCUGAUUUAUCUGAAUGAUAAUUCAGUCAAGUACAGGUGACUGAAGUCUGCAUCAGUUCUUUCAAGAAAUUGUAAACAUCCAUGUGGAUCAGUAUGAUGGGUUGUUUAAAAGCUUUCAGUGCUUCAAAAAAAUGCCAGGAGGUAGUUGCAAAAUUGUAAAUCAAAGACAUGAAUGAAGUGAAACGUGUGGACCCAGAGAGCCACCUGGCAGUCACCUGGCAGAUCAAACAAGAGCCCAGCCAUCAACAAUCAGUACUUAUGGGUGUAAAUUGAAAAUGCUGUCUGUCUUGUUCUAACUUAAAUUUUUCUCCAUAGUUUUCUUAUCUCUUUAAAGACAGAGAUUAUCUACCCGGUCAAAACGUAUGGGUCCUUCACUUGAUUUAUCGCUCAUUUCUUCCUGGUUAAUGCUCUGUGCUAAACAAGGGCCGAAAGCAGGUGUUGGUCUGGCCACAGUUGUUAUCUCCUUUGUGUUCUCCACGUACUACAAUGUGCUCAUGAGCUGGGCACUUUACUAUUUCUUCAACUCGUUCGAAUCGACCCUCCCCUGGACUUCCUGCAACAACACCUGGAAUCUUGUCGAAAAUUGUUCCAGUGGUUUCCCUGGCAAUGCCACCCACCUGCAGUCUGCCAGCCAGCAGUUCUUUGAUCACAGACUUUUGCAGAAAACCAGUGGCAUUGAAGAGACUGGCGGUAUCCGCUGGGAACUCUUUGGCUAUCUCAUUAUUUCAUGGGUCGUCGUGUAUUUAUGCAUAUUUAAAGGAGUCAAAUCCACCGGCAAGGUUGUGUAUUUCACCGCCGUAUUUCCGUACUUCAUUCUGUUUGCCCUGCUCAUUAAUAAUGUGCAGCUUCCCGGGGCCAAGAAUGGUAUCCUCUACUUUGUGACACCUGUCUGGAACAAACUGUUUGAAGUGAAGGUGUGGGUUAAUGCAGCUGCCCAGGUGUUUAACUCCAUUGGAAUAGCAUUUGGCUCCAUGAUUUCAAUGGCUAGUUACAACAAGUUCAACAACAACAUUCUCAGGGAUGCAUUAAUUGUGUCGAUUACCAAUUCGUUCACCAGUAUCCUGGCUGGCUUUGUGAUCUUCUCAGCCAUUGGCUACAUGGCUCACACACAUAACCUACCAGUGGAAAACAUAGCUACAGAUGGUCCUGGUUUGGUGUUUGUUGUGUACCCUGAAGUCCUCUCCACCAUGCCUGUCUUUCAGCUGUGGGCCCCUCUGUUCUUCUUUAUGCUGCUGUGUCUUGGCCUGGACAGUCAGUUUGCCACAGUUGAGGUGGCUGUAACAUUCAUAAAAGAUGAGUUUGGAGCCCAAAUUCUACGUUUCCUCAAGAGAGAAGAGCUGCUGGUCCUGGCUGUGUGCAUCACUGGCUUCAUCCUGGGUAUCCCUCAUGUUACCAAGGGAGGUAUUUAUGUGUUUCAGCUGAUGGACCACUACACUGCUGUGGUCUCCCUCAUGUUCCUGGCUUUCUUUGAAGUUGUCGCUAUCUGCUGGAUCUUUGGUGUCCCACGCAUCUGCUUGAUGGUCAAGAGGAUGCAAGGAAAAACUCCAAACAUAUACUUUCGUCUCUGUUGGCUGGUGCUCUGUCCUAUGUUGGUGCUGUGUAUACUGAUCUCCAGCAUCAUCCAGUACACUCCUGCUCGCUAUGGGAAGUACACAUACCCAGGGUGGGCUGAAGGGGUGGGCUGGUGUGUCUCACUGGUCUCCAUAAUCUGGAUCCCACUUGGAGCCAUGCAAGAGAUCUGUAGCAACAAAGGCUCACUUCUUCAGAGACUUAAAGCAACUUUGAUUUCAUCAGUAGACAUGGAUGCUGAGGAUCCACUGCCGGAAAAACAAAACCUAGACAGCUCGGUGACUGAAACCUUGCUUACUUAAGUGGCAUGACUAGAAAUACAGGCAAAGCCAUGUCUGUGAGUCACAGACAGAGAUGCACUGUUAAGGGUACUUUUUAGUGAUGGAAAGAAAACAUAUUUACACUGAGAUACACAAUGUCUCUAUUCUAAAAUGAUCAUUUUAUGUUGUUUGUCCUUCCAGGACAGAUUCCUUACUAUGUAUCUUGAGCACACUGCACAUUUGUAGUGCUUUGAAAGCUUAAGACACACACAUCAUUUGUGCCUGGUACAAUUUGUAUAUUUAAAAAUCUCAGAUUUUGUCCAUCAACUAAAGAUUGUUUUAAUAUAAUUUAAUUAAAUUUAUGCAUGUGUGCGUGUGUGCCCUGUCCAGACUAGUCAGGUGUUUAUUCCAACCAAAGACUGAAAUGUAAAUGAUUACUUCCUCCGCUUUGGUUGAUUAAUCAGUAAACAUGCCUUGUAUAUGCAGUGAUGUUUUCUCUUGCAGUGUGUAAAUAAGACUGUAUUAUGCAUCUAUGUUAGAGACAUUCAGAGGUUUAUUAACUCUUUAGCUUAAUACAUAGACUUAAUCCUUCAAGGACACUUUCCUUUAUAAGAUACAUCAUGAAGGGGCUGAAGAGGCCUGUCCCAUUCAAAGGUCUUCUCCAAACGCAGCAGGGAAAUGACACCUUCUUUUGACCAAACCCAGUUGUCUUUGUGGCCUUAAACCCCAUAAAACAUUGUGCUGCAAGGUUGUUUAAUGUAGAGUUUGAGUCAAGUUUGUUUUUGGCGGUCAUCACCUGGAAUCACCCAAUUUAAAAAAAAAACACUACAGUGUAUUUCAUAACAGAAAAAGUUAAAAAGUUAAAUGGUUACAAGAUCUUUUCUCAUAAUUACGAGAAAAGAUCUCAUAAUUACGAGAUCCUGAUCUCGUAAUUAUGAGAUCUUUCCUCAUAAUCACGAGAUCAGGAUCUUGUAAUUACGAGAUAAGGUGUCUAAUUUUUUUAUCCAGUGAAUGCAAUGCACUAAUAACUGACAUGCUUUAAUGCAUCAAUAGUUUUGACCUGUGAGAGGAUGGACUGUCUCACUGUGGUAGGAAGAGUGGCUUUAAGUGGUCUACAAAUUUGGGUGAGGAGAGCAGCGGUUCCCAACCUUUUUCUGCAGGGGGCCAUUUGUCUAUCACUGAGUAAACUGACGACCCCUGACUCGGUGACAUAUUUUAUUCGUAUUAUAUUCAAUAAUAUGUGUAACAAUAACAGUGCAGAACAUCUGGUACACUACACUUUUAGGUCAAAUAGUAAACAAAUGACUUUAUUUGAAAAAAUGUUAAGAAUCAUACAUACUAACUUUGCAUUUUUUGGUCAAAUUCAGUGUUUUCUUCUCUCUGACACUUUGCCAUUGUGGUGUUAGCUCUUUGGAUGUCUGAACUGCGUACUUUUCUAAUGCAGGACGAAGUUGUUAAACAGAGUAGUGUGUCUCUGUGAAUACAGCUUGUGUUCAGGUCUUCACUGUGUCCUUAUCUUGUGAGAUUUUGUUUUCUUACAUCCCUUAAAAUCAAGAAGGUUUUGCAACCCCCCAUGAAGCUUUGAUGAUCCAUAGUGGGGGUCAGGACCCCCAAAUUGGGAACCAGGGCUUUUGAGAUUUCAGCCUCUGAUCUGGAACUCAGCUUGUGUCUUAAGCGGGAUUUAUACUUGUGCGGUGGUGUGUCUGUGUUGCUCUGCAGUUACACCUCCAAAACAGUAGUCUGCGGCGGAGUUUCUGUGGAGAGCUGUAAAGUUUAGUUAAUUCACAACACACAUUAAAGACGGCUUAAUAGAGACAAUUUUAAACACAAGUACACAAAUUGGCUUCACUAUAACAUAGACAAUGCACUUGUCUUUUGCUGGACACAUUUUCCACGCAAAUUCAACCUGCUAAUGUUAUUAGCACAAGUCUAUGCCAUUUUACAUUGUAUAAAUUAGCCUAGCGGCUGGUGGAGUUUUCCUCUAUUCAUAUAAAACCAGGGACAACAGCAACAUUUAACAAAGGUAACUUUACAAAAUUCAUUACAUUUCACAAGACUCACCAACAAGACUCACCAACAAAACAACUGUCUUAUACUAAACAUGUUUUCCAAACAAAUUUAACAUGCUAAUUGUUAUAUUUACAUCGACGCAGAGCCUAAGGCGUCAAUUUUAUGCAGAGGUAUAAAUCCUGUGUUAGCCUGAAUGGAAGCUAGAGACAGACAGUGACACUAGUGUGGAUAUAUAUUAUAGCAUUUUAGCUUUACAGUGCCUUAACAUCCUUCACAUAAAGUCAAAAACCCUGAACACACAUUGGCAUAAACAAACCCAGACUAAUACCAUUUUUCACGUAAAUGUUUUACAUGGAAUGUAACUGUAAUGUUAUUGUAGAUUUCUCUAAAAUGUACUAUUAAGAUUUUUUUUUUGCUCAGUGUUGCAAAGCUUCGGAGAGACUGAUUUGUGGCUGUAAACAAGUGAGUGGUGUGAUCCAGGAAGCAGGUUAAUGUUGCACCGAUGUGAACUGAGGUCCUUCAAAGGUGAAUCAGUGCUGGGAAUUUCUCUGAUCUCUGCAGGCUGAGGAAUAGGUUAUUUCUCAGCAAUGCAUCUGACAUUAUUUUUUUAACUUUCUUGGAGCAGGAAACUCACAAGAGAUUUUGAGAUUAUAAAUGGUGCCUUUGAUCUGCUUCCAUAAAGCUGAAUUGGGCUAAUGAGGGUAGAUAAUCCAGAGGAGGGCAACACUUAUCUGGUAAUCUGGUUACUCUCCAUUCAGGGUCUAUUGUAUGACCCAAAAUCUGCAGUUAAUCACUGACUGUUUUAUCUCUGGUCUGAACACAGACGGAAACCAAAAAAAGUUCACGUUGGUGAUACGUAAUUUAUUUCAACUCGAGCUUUAACUUUAAGAUUGUUCACUUGAGUUUUUUUAAUGAUUGACCUCCGAUCUAGACAUCUCGGAAAAGCUGAUAGUGAGAUUACACCACGUCCAAAUUCCGUGUGACAAUAGGAGAAAAGGGUUUGGUUGGUUCAGUGUGGGAAGUGUAUGUUUAGGGUUAGUAUGUUAUAUAAAUGAACUACCUCGACUGGAAAUGCCCAGGGGAGAUAAAGUCACACUUUGAUGUAAGAUUGUCUAAAAUGUUGUGCCCUAUAUUGCAUUUUUGGCCUUUUACUUUUAAUUUUUUUUUUUUUUUUACUGGUUAGCUUAUCAAAGAACCUCUCAUUAAGAAGAGCCUUUUUUAUAGUACUGAAAACAUGCUCUGAUAAUGAAUGUUCAAGACACCUGAACAUGAUUUUCAAAAUGAUACAAGAAGAAACAAUCUAAUCUUAGCAGUGAUACAUGCAUUGCACACUGUAUCACAGUUUAAAGGUGAAAAUGCUUUCAAUCCAGUUUUGUAUUUGUUUUUGUUUUUUUUGCACAAGAAACUAACCUGUAGGCUGAAAACAAAUACUGAUCAGAGACACGUCGUGGGACUUUAAGCUUCAAGUGCCUGUCAUGAGCAAGUUUUGAUUUUAGAUUAUCUAUAUUGAAUCAGAUGGGUGGUUCUUAACCUUUUUUUGUGUGUUACGCAUCUCUAAAUUGAUACAUAUUAGGUCACAGACCCCCAUUUCAUAAGAUUUUGCUUCAGGGACCUCCAUGUGGAAAGAUUUUGGUUGUUACAUCAGAAUUCUGUAGUUGUGGAAAUAACUGUUGGGGAACUCUUACCCACAUUGGGAUCACUUCUAUAGUAAAUUAAAGAGUAAAAAAGAGUAAACUACCCCCAUUUUUUGUGGACCCUCCUGGAACUCCCUUAAAGACACCUAGUUGAGAACCACUAAAUAAGACGACUGAAACUUUUAUUUAAGAUGUUGUUGCGUAUGUUGUUGCUGUAAACUGCCUUAUUUUGCUUUAUGUCAUGAAUUGUUUAAAUUGUAUGCAAGGAUGAUUCAGAAGCAUGUUAACAAUACUGCUUACACUUCUUAGUAACUGUACUUUUAAUAUGAGCUAAAUACAGAUUAUUGUGGGCUGUUAACAGAAAUGUACUUGUAAUCAUCUUGUUCAGAAGUGUAAAAAGUCUGGGUUAUUGGAACAAAAGGAGUUGGGCAGCCACGUGCCAUGACAUGCUGACAACAGACCACAGCUGCUGAUUUCACUUAUUCGUUUCAGAUGAUCGUCUCAGUGACUAUGUUUACAUGCACAAUGAUAUUCCACUACUAUUCUAAAUGUGAUAAUAUUCCAGAUUUCAUCCAUGUUUAUGUAAACAGUACAUUCUGUUUGUAUAUUCCAAAUUAGGCCUUUUUUUCCCCCAAAUUUAGAUUUUUCCAAUUAAGAUGUGGGGUAUACUGGUAUUAUUUGGGUUUUAAUAGCAUUAUUUUGACAUGUGUACAGCGCAUUUGAAAUAUGCGUCUCAACUGAGUUUUUAUUUUUUUUACUGCAGUUUGUGACACAUUGCAUCUUGCCUGUUUACAGUCAGCUCUGUGCAUUGUCAUGGAGACACUGUGCACAAACCAACUCGCCAACAGUUAUAGAAAUGCAUUCCUAAAUUAAAGACUAAAUUUUUAGUAAGGAGAGAAACACGCCUACUUUUAAACAUUAUGAAAGACUUGGAUGUCAACAGGUUUUUGGAUAUGCGCAUAUAUUGUACCACUGACUUUUUCAAGAGGGUGGUUGAAUGAAUUAAAGAGGAAGGCUGUGUUUGCAUCGUCAAAAAUUAUUGGCCACUGGAAAAGCCGUUUUUAAUAUUUCGAUGUGAUGAAUGACAUGUUUGGGCACGUAAUUUGGAGUAUGCACAGCUGCAUGCAAACGUGAAUAUGAGUGUAGGAGGCAUUUUCAUCUUAGAGGAAUAUUGUCUUCUUUUUUUUAAAAUAAGGGCAAAAACCUGAAUAUUUUGCGCAUGUAAACGUGGCCAGUGAAGUCAGCUGCUGCAUUUUGUGGCAGAAUAAAAAACCUGCAGACUCUCUUUGCUCCAUGAAACAAGACUUCUCAUCCCUCAAUUAAAAUAUCUUCUCAUACAAGCACAUUUAAAAUUUGUGACUCAAUGCUGUCAUGUUAAAUUUGUGACACAGUGUUGUUUCUCUUAACAGUGUUUUCAUAUUCACACACUACAACAGUGAUAAUGCUGAUCAGACUUUGCUAAACAACUAUAUAUUUGUAAGGCAGUGUGUGUGUUUUUUAUUUUAAUUCAAGACUCAAUGUAUUUUUCAUGUUUUAUGUUUGUGAGACAAAAUCCUACAAAUCUCUUUGCUAAAAUUUCUUUUCAUAUCAGUGAAUAUUUUAAAUUUUUCCUUACUGUUUUUAUCAUAUUUUCUACUGUGUUGCUGUGCUGAUUCUUGGUGUCUUAACAUUUAGUUAAAUAAAACACUUUUAUUCUU